AGGAUUAAACCAUUCAGGGAACUUCUCUGAAAAAGACCAACAUGACGAUGAACUGACACAAAGACUGAUUAACUUGUCUGUUUCACAUCUCAAUUUCAAACGAGAAGCAUUCUUAGUCUUGAUUGGAGAAUACAUUUUACAUUACUUCACACGAUUUGGGUAUGAUGAAUUAAUUCGACUUCUUGGUGGAAAUAUCUUGGAAUUUGUUCAGAAUUUGGAUUCCAUACAGAAUUAUUUGAGAGAUGAUUAUCAAGAUGUAAUAGCACCAUCCUUCCACUGUGACGAAGACUCUGUGUCUGAUAGAAUGAUACUCCAUUACUUUUCACACAGACCUGGGUACCACCCAUUGGUCAGAGGUUUUAUCACGGAAGUAGCCAAAGUUUUAUAUAAAAUGGAACUGUCUAUCACCAUAAUUUCCAUAUCCAACGAGUCAGUGGCCGAGGAGUGUGGACAUCGUGAGCACGUGAUAUUUAACAUUGUAGCAAAAAGGAUUGCAGAAACGCCGGACGAUUUAACACCAACAUUUGUUGCUCAAACUAAGAAACACGGAGAAAGACAAAUACAUAAAGAGGAUGUGGAUGCUGUUAAAGAAAAAUUAGAUCAAAUCAGACGAGAAUUUGGAGAGGAGGCUUUACCACUGGCUAAAUUUCGCAGCGCCAAGGCAAAAUGGCGGGCUAUAGCACGUAUUACACUGUUAAGUAGAGGAUUUGUUCCAAAUUACCCGGAACAAAAUUUCAUCAACCCUAGGAUGUUCAUUGAAGUCUUUCCAUACCAUCUUAUUUUGAAUGAGGAAAUGAAAGUGAUCCAGUCUGGAAUUAAGAUUCAGCAGAUGAUGCCAUUGAUUAGAAGCAGUCGGACAGCAGAAGUACAAUUGUUCUUCAAUUUACUGUAUCCCAGACACACAGAUUUCACAUAUGAAAACGUGAAGAAGUUUAUCAUGUGUCCAUUUGUUUUGGAAUUCAAGAGAGAUAAGUUGGUAAAAGAUUGGAAAAAACGACCACUUCUUUCACUAAAAGGUCAGAUGUACUUACUUCGUGAUAGAGGCUACUAUUUCUUUAUUUGUACUCCCACUGUUAGAUGUUGGUACGACCUUGAGGAAAGAGAAAUGCGUUUGGCUGAUAUACCAAUGUGGGAUGCUACCAGGGAUUUCCUCUUGACAGACUUGGCAUACAGAAUUGGAACGGGACAAAAUUACACUAAUUCGUUCUCAUUCACUGAAAAUGCCGAUGCACAGGGUUCUCUAGGCGUACGUUUAGAUGACAAAAAGACCGAUUCGAAUGAAAAAUGGAAUAUUCUGAUGAAAGAAUUAAACAACGAGAAACAAAGAAACCAAGCCUUGUACAGCUCAUUUUUACCGAGACACUCUGCUGCGAUACUAAGUCAAGGUCAAAUGCCAAAAGGAGAUUAUUAUCCUGAUGUGACAGCAUUGUUCUGUGACAUUGUCCAUUUCCUGCAGGUUGUUGGAAGUUCUAAACCCGGUGAAGUUGUCAAUUUCAUCAACUGUCUGUAUUCCAGGUUUGAUAGAGUCACCAAGAUUCACGAUACAUACAGGGUUGAAUCGAUUGGCGAUGCUUAUUUUGUUGUCUCUGGUGUACCAGACAAAGUACACAACCAUGCUGAAAGAAUAGCUAACACUGCUCUUGGAAUGAUGUUCACAUCACAAGAAGUGGCCUCGCCUGUGAAUGGUGAAAAUGUUCAGAUUAGAAUCGGGGUACAUACAGGCUCUGUUGUCGGUGGCGUGUUUGGAACAAAGAUUCCAAGAUAUAUAGUUCUCGGUGAAACUGCUGUUGUUGCUUCUAAAAUGGAAAGUCACGGUGAACCAGGAAAGAUCCACAUCACUCCAUCAACAUACAGAGCAUUGAAAGGUAAAGGAUAUUCCCUGGAAGAGAGAGGAAAGAUUGAAUUACGUGGAUAUGGAACACUUGGGACAUACUACCUUGUCGGAAAUGAAAAUGCCUCAAUAGAGGACAUAGCAGGACGAACUAAACAGGAGGUAUCAUACAUAAACGAAGGGAAGGAGAAAGGAACCAGACCCAUUGUAGAUGAGAAUGAAGUUAUUGCAUUUAACUACUGAGCAGUUACUUGCCAGAGAAGGAACUUUUAAUGUAUAAAAUAAAUUUGUUGAUGUAUCUGUAUGUACUUACAUUUUAAAACCAAUACUAUCUUCAUUUCUGUAUGUUUGUAGAUAAAUUAAAUUAAAAUAGCAAACUGAGUAGAAUUUUGUAAUUAGACAUUCAGUAUUAUAAGAGGGGAAGCCAUCUUAAUUAUGGAUCUGUUAUAUUGCUAGUAUAUUUAUUGUAGAACUAUACCAUAUUCAUAAAACUGUACAGAUUGUAAAAUAUCAUACCACGUUACCAUGGUGAAAUACCUAAAGGAGAAGAUAUGAAAAAAGGUACUGUAAAAUCGUCAAUUUCACUACCACAUAAAAAAAAAUUCAGUCUCGUUACUAGUAUCUCAAUGCAUACCUGCUUAGUAUGAUUUCAUUUUGACGAUGAUAUAUGGCUGUUGCUGAUAUCUAAGAUAAUUUAGAAAAGGUGUAAAUAUGACAGGGUUUCCUAAAAAAUGAAAUUAUGGUAUUGUUUAUAACAGACAGACAUUUUAUUCAUUUAUGUGAAUGACGGUUACUGAUUUUAUUUUAUACCUGGAAAUUGUUUUUUUUUUAACCAAAAGUGAGGCCUUGUUAAGCCUUCUCCUUUAGGAUGUCCUGUGGCAUUUAUAGAUUACAGGGAAACAUGGCCUUACACUGCAGAUCUCUUCUACAUAUAGACGACUCAAAGAAGUACACAUUUUAUUAUAUUUGUAAAUACAUUAAAAAAGGUGUUGUGUUGAUAGAUUGUAUAUGUAAAUUAUUAUUGUGCUGAGGUUUAAUAACUGUGAUUUUGAAUUAAGUCUGUGAUCCAAUUAAUAUAUUAUAGUUCAUUAAAAUGGUUUGCUUUUUUGUG